AUGAAGAGGAGGAAGAAGAGGAAUUCUACUACUACAGCUUCCGCCACAACAGUGCUGCAGAAUCCUCAUUUUGGACAGCUGGUUGCCGUGUCAUCAACAACCCAAGCACUCUUUUCAUUUGGUGUGGCAGGUCCUACUCUUGGCCUGUCCUCCACGCCUUUGACAGGUGACACAAAGCCUGCGCACGUCCUCCGCGUCGAUGCAAAAGAUGGCAUACCAAUAUACACCAUCAAGAAAGCUAGCGGCGAAACGGUCCAAUCUGUGGACCAGAAGUUUUUGUCGGAAACAUGGAUCUAUACCGGGCUAGAAGAUUGUAUGGUACAAGUACGAUAG